AUGAGUUCAUUAUUUUUUUCUACCUUCCUAGCUCCUGUCAUCCUUCCAAGCAUUGGAGAAAUUCCAAAUAAUAGUGGGCAGGGAGCCCAGGGAGCCCAACCAGCCUCUAAGGCCAAACCAACAUUGGCCAUGUCGAGGUGGAAAAAAAUAACUGGCACAGCCUUGUUCAUUAAUCGGCUGGCACUUCAAAGACAAGAUUCUAUAACAUCUAAACGGAAGAUUUCUUCAGUAUCAAGUGAGGUAUCAGAACAAGAACCUCAGGAGGAGACUCCAUCAGUUCCAGUGCCAGCAGCUGCUGUUGCUGCUCCAACUAUUCCAGCUGCUGCAGCAGCCCCAAUUGCUUCAGCUACUCCUACACUUGAAGCUGAAAAGGAUCAGGUUGAAAGUCCUACUCUUCACAUAGAGGAUGCUUCAGAGGAGGAUAUUCAAUUGGAGGUUCAUUUACCCUGGUUAAAAACUGUUAUUGAAAUUACUAAAAAUAUAAACCUCUCCUGUACUCACCAAGGUUUUUGUCAGCAAAACUGUGUCAGAAGAUUGUCCCGAAGCUGUAAAAAAUUAAUGGAAGCAAUGAAGUAUUUAUACGGAGAGGAAUUAGAAUUCAUAGAAGACAUAUUUAUGGAGAGUAAUUCUACUGAAAAUGAGAUGAAAAAGGGUAAAUGGACGAGAUGGAGUGAGAGCGCCAGUACUUCUCCGGACCAACGUAAAGAGUCAUCUUACAGAAGAGAGACAUCUAAGGAUACUAUUGAUUCUGAACCUACAGAGAAGAGAGAUAGGAUUGCAGAUAGUGCAAAUCAGCUUCCCUUGGAUAUUCAACCUAAUCCAGGAUUUCUCAAAUAUCUUCAACUCAAGGUUUGUGGACUAAUGCAUGCUCCUCUCUCUACUCUGAACAAAGCAUCUUGUGUUAUGGAUGAAGAAAGCUUGAAGAGUAUAACUCUUACUGCCUGGUCUUUACUCAUGGAUCCAGAUGUUGAUGUGUCUGGAGCAGCGACUGCAAUUAUUAUUGUUGCAUCAGUUAAAAGUCCGGAUAAUAUUCAGACCUUGUUUUCUGGUGAUUUGAACAAUCCUAUUGCUGAUACAAGAAUAAACGGUAUACUCAAGGUUCAGACACUCUGGCAAAACAGAUACCAGAUUUGGUCGAGGUUAGAGGAGAACGGACAUAUCAACAUGAAAAUACUUCCUUCACAAAUAGAAUUUACACUGCCAAGUCCAAAGAUUGGUAUUGAAACUUUACCUUUGGUUGAACCUGCCUGGAUGCCCAAAACCAAAACUAAGUUUGAGAAUAUAGAUAUGAGAAGGAGAGGGCAGACAAUUAUUUCUGCGACCAAGUCUCGAAAGAAGCAGCAGACUGAGUUGGUGCGAAGCGUCCUGUACGCUGAGGCAGAUAAGAAGAGGAAGGAGAGAGAAAGUCUUCAAAUAACAGCUGUUCCUGUGGCACUCUGUGCUGCUCAGGAGCCCAGUCUCUUCCUCUCACCACCAGAUGCUGAGUCAGAUCAAGACUCUGAUACGGAGCGUGAAGGUGCUCCAGUUCGUCCUGUUCAAUCCCAAUCCACUGUAGCACAACCUCUCCUUCCCUCCACUGUAUGUGCAGCAUUUGCUGAGAUAAUUAUGAUGCUUGAUGAUCAUGGAGUUUCCACGGAUGGCAUUGCAGUUUAUGAAGUAGCGUAUCAAAUAAUCUGGUCUUUCUUGGUGGAGGACUGCAACCUCUUCCUUAAGUAUUUCAUGGAGAAGCUGACAAGGAACGGACAGGAGGAGACAUUUCAGAUUAUCAGGAGUCUUAUCAGGUUUAUACCAAAACUACCACAACAGGCGGCUUUUUCUCUCUACAAUUACCUAAUUGGAUAUAUCAUGUUCUUUGUCCGGACUCCACGUGAGAACGGGGAGGAUAUGAUAGGUUCAGCGCUAUCUCUUCUUUGGAUGGUUGUACAUUCAGUCCAAGGACAGUUGAGUAGUAAACAUCUCUCUGUUGAUGCAUCUCUUCUUAUGCAGGUUGAUGCAUCUAUUCUUAUACAGGUUGAUGCAUCUAUUCUUAUAACUGCAAACGUUCCCUCAGCCAAGAAAAUUGUUGUUCAUGGACCACAGGGUUUCACUGUACAAGAGGUGAAGCUUCUGAAGAGAUGGAAGAUUCAUAAUCCUUGGCAUUUUGUUCGAGAUUUUUACUUCUUCAAGAGAUCUCAGUAUCCACAGCUGAGCCUUGUUUACAGAACACCACAAGAUGCAUACUUGGAGUUGCAAAAACAAGCGUUUAAACUCAAGUUUGUUGAAAUAGGCAAAGUUAUGCUUAUCUGGGGUAUUCUGAAGAAUGUCAGUCAAGUUGUGCAACGUGUUGUAUUCCUUCAUGAAGAUCUAGUCAAGCUACCAACAUUUCCUAGGAAAGCUUUAGAAGCAGAACUAGAUCUAUUCGAGAAAGGAGAUAUUGGAAAGGAGUUACAGAGCAUUGAUGUGUUGCACAAGUUCAACUGGAUUAGAUUGAUAUCCCGGAUGUUUGAGGCAAUGGCUGGGAACUUUGCCCGCCCUGAAGAUAUCCAACUCUUCAUCAAUGUUAUAAAUGGUUCCCUAGCACUACACCCUGAGGAAGCAUGCAUACUUAGGAAUAUAUAA